UACACACUCACACAACCACCCACAUUUUCCUUAAAAUGAAUUCCAUGGCUAUUUUAGGGUUUUUGCUGGUGGGCUUUUUCUCCUUUGCUACCUCGGUUCAUGGUGAUGGUGGUUGGGUCAAUGCCCAUGCCACUUUUUACGGCGGUGGUGACGCUUCCGGCACAAUGGGUGGUGCAUGUGGAUAUGGGAAUUUAUAUAGUCAAGGGUAUGGUACAAACACAGCAGCACUAAGUACUGCUCUGUUCAACAAUGGUUUAAGCUGUGGUUCAUGUUUUGAAAUAAAGUGUGUGAAUGACCAUCAAUGGUGUUUGCCUGGAUCCAUUAAGGUCACUGCCACUAACUUCUGCCCACCAAACAAUGCCUUGCCUAGUAACAAUGGUGGCUGGUGCAACCCUCCUAACCAACACUUUGAUCUCUCCCAACCUGUCUUUCAACACAUUGCUCAAUACAAAGCUGGAAUUGUCCCUGUUGCUUAUAGAAGGGUGCCAUGUGUGAGAAGGGGUGGAAUCAGGUUCCAAAUAAAUGGUCAUUCCUACUUCAAUCUAGUGUUGAUCACAAACGUGGGUGGUGCUGGUGAUGUACAUUCUGUAUCUAUUAAAGGUUCAAAGACUGGUUGGCAACAAAUGUCAAGAAACUGGGGUCAAAAUUGGCAAUCCAAUACUUAUCUCAACGGGCAGUCUCUCUCUUUUAAGGUCACCACUAGUGAUGGUAAGACUGUGGUAUCCAACAAUGUUGUUCCUGCUGGUUGGUCUUUUGGUCAGACUUUCACGGGUGCCCAAUUCCGAUGAAAUGACGUUUUUACCCUUUAUAUUGGGGGUAGGUAUUAUUAGCAACUACAAUAGGUACAAUGACUAGAGACUUGUUUUGGAAAAGGUCUUUUUAGUCAUUUUGUUUUUUUUAAGGGUGACCAGUUACCACAUAUUAGUAAGUUUGGUACCCUGUUUGGUUUUGGGGUUUAGGUUGUGUUUGGUGUUCAAGGGCAGUGGUGGUAUUUUACACCCGCCAAGGUAGUGUUAAUCGACGUUUUUGCCCUUUAUUUGGGAAACUAUGGUUUGGUUAUAUGUGUGAGGUGUCUUGUUUGCUGUGGUCUUUACUUUGUAGUUUACUUCUCUUGCUUUAAGAGUCAAAGAUGUAAAUUUACUCUUUUUUUAUUAGUAAUGGAAGGUGACUACACUACUAUAUUUAAUGCA